CUCAAUCCGUAGUCCUUUUUUACUCUCUCCCCUUCUGUCAUAUCUGAAAUAUUGAAUGUUUGAUGCAACUGCACAGGAUUUUCGGGGCUCACCAACACGGUCUCAUGUAUCAACCAUGAGGUUGCACCUAACAAAUCGACAUCUGUCACCGCGAGUCACCUGGUGACAGAAGAGGCUAAUUGUUUCCCCCUGACUUAUCGACUCGUGAGCAGUGGUUUGCCGUGGACACAGGGGAGAUCAUCCGGCUCAAAAUAUAAUUACAAGCACAUGAGAUCAGCCCGUCAUCAGUCCGGAAUAAUCUUCCAUGCAUGAAUCACUGUCAGCUUUACCUUUAUCUAGUCUGCCAAGCUGCAGCACAAACCCAAGAAUAUCCCCCGAGAUUACAAAUAUCAGAUCCAUCCCAUCUGCUAGUUCUCGAAACCUUUCGAAGCAUUGGGAAUCUCCUUCAACGCGCGGCUUCUAUCAUGGCGAUUUCACUACCAAGCACCCGCCCCAACAAUAUAACCACCAACAACCCUGCUACACAAAACCCUAGGCCUCACAGUUUCUGACCUAAGGUAUGUAUUAUAACUUGCCCCAUCCACUCUAUGGAAUCGAUUCCAAAUCCACGUCCACACUUUCGACUUUGGAAAUCCAGCAACCCCACGUCGGAGAAGCGGCUUGAGAUGCUCGCUGACCCAUGCUACUUGGGCUGACCAUACUGCACAUCGCAAGAUCCUAGAAAGGCGGGAGCGACGCAGCAAGAAACGGGUGGAAAGG